AUGAAAGUCGACGAACGUGAGAGUCAAAAGAAUCACAAGAAAACGGCGAAGAAAGAAGUUCAAGUUCCAUUGGCUAAAGAUUGUUCGGAUGAAGCUGAAGAGGAUGAAGUGAGAUUCGUAAAGAAGAAUGGAAAAGUCUUAGCAAGUGAUGGGUGUGAUAUUCUGGAUUUCGAUUUGAGUGAUCCGGCUUGUCGACAGUUUUGUCUCUUUGCAUGGUGUAUCACAUUUAUCGGCAUUCGCUUUCGACCAUUUGAUAGUAAACUCGCGAUCACUCUUCGGCUGAUCUAUCAGGGAUUGGUGAUCGCUUUGUGUUUAUACACUUGUGGCUACGAUUUCUACCAUGCAGUUUAUCACUAUGAUCCAAGAACUUCUGGCACUGCUUAUCAGUGGAUGGUCGUUGUGGCUCAAGCAAUGUUCUCACAAUUCUUCUUGACGAAAGCUCAAUUGAAGCUCUGGAUUCCGGAUUUCUUUCACACUCUUAAACACGCUCGAAUCGAUGAUGGAGGGUAUUUUGAUAAGCCUCGCGAGCGUUCAAUCCGAAACAACACGAACCGCUUUCUCUUUCUCUUCUUCACUGCAAUCGGCGCAAAUUUUUGCUAUUUUCUAUCAGUGCAAUUCGACUUCGCUACAGAAGUCAUUCAUUCAAGUUUUCGAUAUACUUAUAUUUAUGAAGAGUUAGUCUAUCUCCGGCUCUACUUGAUCUAUUUCAAUAUGGAAGUCUGGGCGAUUGCUCUUCACACUUACAUGUGCUUAUCAAAUAUUAUGUACUGGGAGGCGAAGAAGUUCAAUCGAAAGUUGAAAGAGAUGAAAGCCGAGACUCCAGAGGAGAUGGUGAAAAAGGUGGAGGAGAUGAUCCUCAUUCACACGCAGCUCAAUCGAUGCGUCAGGGAAUUGGAUCAGAUUUUUAAGAUCUACGCUUUCCUAAUCGUUUGCUCGAUCGUUCCAUCGACUUUGUUCACGGCGGCGAUGGUGCUCACAAGGACAUCAAUGAUCGGAUUCUUGCUUUGGUUUGUU